AUGACUGUAGAAACUCACACUUCCUGUUUGCGCGCGACAGAGGAGCGAGCGAAAGGCAGAGCGUUCAGUCCUCCAGCCAAACAAACACAUAACUUACAGUAGAAACAACUCUCCGACUCUUUGCACGGAAACAAUGUGCAUAAGCUACAGAGGAUGGAGGACAAGGUGAGCGGAGACAGGAGAGUCGAGGACAAGAGGAGUUUAAUCAGGACACAGCCUGAUGUCCCAACCAACAACCGAGUCCAGGAAGCACCCGCAUCCACAGAUGACAUCAAAUCUGUCCAGUAUGGCACGCCGUGUUUCGUUUACAUCCUGGCGGGUUUCUCAGCUCUGGGUGGGUUCCUGUUCGGCUAUGAUACAGGUGUGGUGUCCGGAGCCAUGCUGCUGCUCAAGAAGGAGAUGAACCUGAGCUCUCUGUGGCAGGAGCUUCUGGUCUCCGUCACCGUAGGUGCCGCGGCCCUGUCUGCUCUGGCCGGAGGGUAUCUCAACGGGGUCUUCGGCCGGAGAAUCUGCAUACUUCUCGCCAGCUUUAUCUUCUCCGCCGGUGGUGUUAUAUUGAGUGCUGCGCCCAACAAAGAGGUUCUCCUGUUUGGACGACUUAUAGUUGGGCUUGGUUUAGGUAUUGCAUCUAUGACCGUGCCGGUUUACAUCGCUGAAGUUUCUCCUCCUCAGCUCAGAGGCCAGCUGGUCACCAUUAACACUCUGUUCAUCACUGGCGGUCAGUUCAUAGCCAGUGUGGUGGAUGGGGCCUUUAGCUACAUGCAGAAUGAUGGCUGGAGAUAUAUGCUGGGUUUGUCUGUGGUUCCGGCUGCUUUGCAGUUCUUCGGGUUCCUCUUUCUCCCGGAGAGCCCUCGAUGGCUUUUGCAGAAGGGGGAGACGCAGAAGGCUCAGCGGGUGCUUGUUCAGAUCCGUGGCGGUAUAAAUGUUGAUGAGGAGUAUGAGGCCAUGAGGAGCAGCAUUGAGGAAGAGAGGAACGAUACUGGAGAUGGUCUGGUGUUGUGGCGUAUGCUAAGGUAUGCUCCGGUACGGCGUGCACUGAUCGUGGGUUGUGGUCUACAGAUGUUCCAGCAACUUUCUGGAAUCAAUACGGUCAUGUACUACAGUGCCACCAUACUGCAGAUGUCUGGAGUACAGGAUGAUCGGACGGCCAUCUGGCUGGCUGCUGCAACAGCCUUCACCAACUUCCUGUUUACCCUCGUGGGGGUGUGGCUUGUGGAGAGGGUGGGCCGCAGAAAACUAACACUAGGGAGUAUACUGGGCACUGCUUUAAGUCUGAUGGUCCUGGCAGCUGGUUUCCUGCUAUCUGCUCAAGCCUCUCCACCUGUGACCUUUCACCCUAAUGACCCCUCCCUCAACAGCUCCUCCUGCAAUACAUAUGGUUUCUGUGAACCGUGCAUGUUGGAUCCAGGUUGUGGUUUCUGUUAUGGGAGAAAUGGCACAGUUGUAGUGGAGUCCUCUUGUUUGCCAAUAGAUGCUGCCAACACUGAGACCGCUGCUUUGGGGAGAUGUUCCAAUGGCACACAGGAGAGCACAGGUGCAUUCUGGGCAUAUAACUUCUGCCCAACAUCUUAUUCUUGGGUUGUUUUAUUGGGUCUUAUUCUGUAUUUGGCUUUUUUUGCCCCAGGUAUGGGUCCUAUGCCAUGGACCGUGAACUCGGAGAUUUAUCCACUUUGGGCUCGGAGUACAGGAAACGCCUGCUCUGCUGGGGUCAACUGGAUCUGUAAUGUGCUUGUUUCUUUGACCUUCCUCCACGUGGCCCAGUACCUCACAUACUACGGAGCUUUCUUCUUGUACUCCAGUCUGGCUCUACUGGGUUUUGUGUUCGUGGUGGGCUGUCUGCCGGAGACCAAGGGUCUGCGUUUGGAGGAGAUCGAGUCUCUUUUUGGCAGAAGGCUCUGCACCUGCGGCGCUGGGAGUCAGGGUGUACACUACAUCAGGCCUCGAUUGGAGUUGGGAGCAUUGCAUUAUGGUACACUGGAGCCGGAGGGCAGCAUUGCCUACAUAUCAGUGAGUAGCGCCAAAACUUAAAAAAUAAUAAUAAUAACUUCAUUAAUAAAAAAUGUUUAUAGAAACUCCUAUUUAAAGGGGAAGUUCACACAAAAAAUAGAAUUCUGAAAAGUAAAAAAUAUUUUGGACCCUCAACAGCUAUUUCCAUGACUUGCCAUAUUAAAGAAGCAAACCUAAAUUUAGUGUUUGCUGAAAAUAUUUAUGUUUGCAGCUUUCUUAUCUCAGUCAAUGGUAAAGAAAUUGUCACAAAACAUUCUUUACAUUAUGUAGGAAGAUUUUAUGUAUGUAUAUAUACAUAUAUUUAAGCGAGCGUAAUUGUUGACAAUGUUUUUAUAUCAGGAAGAGCUAACUUUAAAAUUAAAUGAAUUUGAUUGACCAUAACGGUAACACUUUACUUGAAGGGGUGUGCAUAAGACUGACAUGACACCUUCAUAAUCAUGACAUCACACGUUUCAUGAACAUGAAGGAGAUUUUAUGCACAUUUAAAGGUGCUCUAAGCGAAUUGACGCGUUUUAGACCAUAAAACAUUUUUUGUUACAUACAGCAAACAUCUCCUCACUAUCUGCUUGCUGCCUGUCCGCUGAUCAAACUGUAAAAAAACACGAUCUCUGUAGACAGCCCAGGCUUCACAAACGGCAAAACAACACAGUGGCCAAACCUAGCACCACAAAACAAAACAAAGUGUUCCAGCCAAUAAACGACAAGAAGGAUUUGGGGAUGGGGGUUGGGCGCGUUCAUGAAAGCACGGAAGGGAGGGGGAGUGGGAGGAGUUAGCUACGCUCCGUCUGUUUGAAAACAAUUAAAACGUCAACAAAAACUAAUGUCUCGCAGAUUCGCUUAGAACGCCUUUAAGACAAUUGUCAUUAAGUGUAAUUCGUUCACUUAUGUCAUUUUUAAUGUUAAGAUGACAUUGUUUGAAUUGUCUUUGUUAUUACAACUUGUCAUAAAUCUGUCAUAAAAAAUGACAUUGCAGAAUAAUUUUCAAAACUUAAAAAAACUACCUCUUUAGGGUUUAACAUAACAUUAAACUGUCAUAAAAAUUUUAGUAAGUGUUAAUACGCUGUCAAAUAGUUUUAUAACAGCAUCAUCGAGAUUUUUCUUGACUCCAACUACAGUGGUACAACUUAACUUGUCAUUAAAGGAUUAGUCCAUUUUCUUAAAAACAAAUCCAGAUAAUUUACUCAUGACCAUGUCAUCCAAAAUGUUAAUGUCUUUCUUUGUUCAGUCGAGAAGAAAUUAUGUUUUUUGAAGAAAACAUUCCAGGAUUUUUCUGAUUUUAAUGGACCCCAACACUGGGGUUUUAAUGCAGUUUAAAAUUGCAGUUUCAAAGGAUUCUAAACGAUCUCAAACAAGGCAUAAGGGUCUUAUCUAGCGAAACAAUUGUCAUUUUUGACAAGAAUAAUAAAAAUAUGCACUUUUAAACCACUCACCACCCAGUCCUGUGACACGCCAUCACGACCUGAUGUAAAUGAAUCCUUUGAAACUGGAAUUUUAAACUGCAUUAAAACUGUUAAGUGUUGGGGUCCAUUAAAGUCCAUUGAAAUUAGAAAAAUCCUG